AUGAAGAAGGCAAAUUGGCUACAGUCAGAAUGUGGUGGAUUAUACUAUAGGGGACUAUGUGAACUAACAAAGGACGAGUUAGUGGCACUGGUUUAUGGUCAGAAUAACAUAAGAAACGUGACUAAACAGGCCGUGAAGCACAAAACAGUUAGAAAAGUAGCAUUUCAGCUGUCAUACGAUGGGAAACUAUACAAUGGGACGCAAGAGAGCAGAGAUGGGCUGAGUGUGACUGAGGUGCUACGAAAUGCGUUGAAAAAGAGUGAUUUAUUCGUAGAUGGAAAUGAGAUGAUAUUCUGUGGUAGAACAGACAGGGGCGUAUCAGCUGAGAAUGCGGUAGUGAGUUUGUUCACAAAAAGUAGACUGGAUUUGGAACCAAAUGACUCCCAUGAGACAGAAUACUACACAUUUGCAGGAAUAGAAUUCAAGAGAUACCUUUUUAGGGACUCGCAAUUUGAGAUAGGCAAAGAAGACUACAAUGAGAUACCGUAUACGAGAAUACUGAAUAAUAUACUGCCUGAACAUAUUCGAAUUAAGGGAUGGGCACCAGUUCCAGACUACUUCAGUGCUAGACACAGUUGUAUAGAAAGAUGCUACAAGUAUCAGUAUGAAAUAGGUAGAAUACGCGUAAAAGAUGGUAAUUUACUGGAUAAAUUCAAUCAUGGGGCAGAAAUAAUAAGAAGUUUAGAUGAUUUCUACUACUUCAGUAAGCACGACAAUCCCAAGGCAAACUACAACUUUAGAAUUAGUGAGUUGUUCUUCAACACCUGUGGUGACCAUAUUGUGAUGGAAAUAAGAUCGUACUCAUUUAUUCACAAUAUGGUAAGAAAGAUAUUCAGUUGGAUCAGAAGAUACGCUGAGACAGGUAGAUUGGAUUACAGGGACAUUGAACCAGCUGAGGCAGAGCACCUGGUAUUCUGUGGUGCAACAUACAGACAUAAAUUGGCGUAUAUUUCAGGUUAA